CAGUACAAGCUCUGGAGUUCCAUAAACAAAGUUUUCUUGCAAAUUAAAUUAAUCAUCAAAACGAUCAUGAUGAUGAAGAAGAAGACUAUGGCUAUGGCGGUGGCGUUGUUCCGCCCUCUAUUUCUCUUUUCCCUUUUCUUGCUCCUCCUCCCCAUCGCCGCCGGCGACGGCCCUAACCCUAGCCGGAGAUACGGCGAGAUCCCACUCCCCGGCGGCCUCGGCCCCGAGAGCAUAGCAUUCGACUGCAACGGCGCCGGGCCCUACGUCGGCGUCUCCGACGGCAGAGUCCUCAAGUGGAACGGCCGGUCCCGCGGCUGGUCCGAGUUCUCCAUCCCUCUCCCGAACCGGAACAGGGCCCUCUGCGACGGCACCACCGACCCAAACUCCGAACCUGUCUGCGGGAGGCCGCUGGGGCUCAAGUUCAACCGCGCCACCUGCGAUCUCUACAUCGCUGACGCUUACUUCGGCCUCCUGAGGGUGGGGCCCGAAGGCGGAGUCGCCGAGCAUCUGGCCGACUCGGCCGAGGGAAUCCGGUUCAGGCUGACCAACGGUUUGGACAUCGACGAGAAAACCGGGGUCGUGUAUUUCACCGACAGCAGCGCGGUUUUCCAGCGCAGGGAAUAUCUCAUGUCGUUCAACAGAGGAGAGAGAACGGGGAGGGUGUUGGCGUACCACGCGCGGGAUAGGCGCGUGAGGGUGUUGCACCGGGGAUUGGCUUUUCCCAACGGAAUCGCUCUGAGCAGAGACGGAUCGUUCCUUAUUGUGGCGGAAGGCGGGACGCGGAGGCUGUACAAGCUCCGGCUCAGCGGUGCGGCGCCGCCGGAGUUGUUUGCUCAGCUGAUAAGGGCGCCGGAUAACGUGAAGAGGAACCGGAAGGGGGAGUUUUGGGUGGCUCUGAACAGCGGGAGGUCGGAGCUGAGGGACGAGACGUUUGCCGCCGGGGGUGACGGCGUUAGAGAUACGAUCGGGAUCAAGUUUGCGGAGGACGGACGGAUUCUGCAGUUUCUUGACGGCCACGGCAGUGACCGCUUGAGCUCCGUCAGUGAGGUGGAAGAGCAUAACGGCAGAUUCUAUUUGGGCUCCGCCGUCAAACCUUAUGUCGGCGUACUUCGCUUCUAGUUCUACUUGAAUUAAUUAAUUUUCAUUAAUCGUUACAUUUUUGUUUUAUGAAGCGAUAAAUGUUAUACAUUCAAGAUUUGGUUUGCACGUACUCGUAUGAAUUUAGGCAUUUAAUUGAUGAAAUCAGUUUGUGAGAGAUUUUACAUUCAAGAUUUCUCAUCUUUUUGUUGUUGUGGUUUUUGGAUGUGAAAACCAUUUUAGACUUUAGGGUAUCGUUAGCAAUUUACAAAAGUUAUUAAGUAACUUCGUUUAAUUUACGCGAAAGCACUAUUUUCAAAGAAAAUCUUUAGCAUGCAAGUGAUUUUGAAUAUUUUUACAAUGCAAAAUAAAAUGUAAAAUUUAUAAAUAGGCGCAUUUAAAAAAAUAUGAAAAUAUCAAAAUAAUAGUGCUAGUCUUCUAAAACAAUAUAGGCCUACACUGGCAUAAUAAAUCGCCUAAACACUUUCAUUUGCUGCCCGAUAUAGCU